AGUACAUUCGAUCAAACAACUUGCAGUGAAACAGUUAACCAGAAAUUUUCAUCUGAAUCAUGUACCGUGUCAUUUUAAUCAUAGUUUUUAUUUCUUUUAUUGGAUUUUGCACUGCUCAAGUUAAUUUUUCUCCUAAUUGGGGGAAAAGGGCUCUUAAUCCAGGCUCCGAAGAAAAUGAAAAUAACUGCAGAGAAAAUGUGGAUACACUAAUGCUGAUUUACAAAAUUAUACAGAAUGAAGCUCAGAAACUCAUGGAUUGUGAAAAGUUUUCAAACUAAUUAUUAAUACUAUAUAUAGUUAUUUUGUGCCCAAUGUGAAGAUUUAUUUGCAAGAAAAAAUAAACGAUUCUAAUUAAG